AUGCAGGAUUUCGUGGUUGAGACUCAGCAGGACGAAGGAUUCUUGAUUUUCAAACAGAGAAAACGUGCGCCUUCUGGUGAUGGUCUAUUCGAUCCAAUCACGGCAAUUCACAAAUAUCCCGAUGCUCAUCUCGAGAAACAUCCCAUCUCCCUCAACCCGAAUAGUCUUAACCUGAAUUCCGCGAACCCGAGCACUCAGUAUGAUCCCAAUGAGCUCGGCGGAGGAGAGAGUCUAAAUCCCACAGCGACGGGGUUUGCGAGCGAACAGAAGACGAUCAGUUAUGAGCCAAUAGUCCCUUCUCAACUCCUUCGCGCGGACUUGAGAGUGAGUGAGAACUCUCGAAAGGUGAUUGAUUGGGCUCGUCGGGCUUGUUCAGAUGUGAUUGCGGGAAAAGAUGGCCGGCUGAUUGUGAUCAUAGGACCCUGUUCCAUCCACGAUCCGGCUCAAGCGCUCGAAUAUGCUCGACUCUUGGCCCCUCUGAUACCUACCUUACCUGAUUUGAUAAUCAUCAUGCGAGCGUAUUUUGAGAAGCCUAGGACUUCAGUCGGCUGGAAAGGUCUCAUCAACGAUCCGGAUAUAGACGGCUCAUUCAAAAUCAACAAAGGCAUAAAGAUUGCUAGGAAAUUGCUUUGUGAUUUGACUCAUCUCGGCUUACCUGUGGCUGUUGAAAUAUUGGAUCCGAUCAGUCCUCAAUAUUUAUCGGAGUUAGUUUCCUGGGGAGCCAUCGGGGCUCGCACGACAGAAUCACAGAUCCACCGGGAGGCAGCCUCAGGAGCGCCGCAUCCGGUGGGAUUCAAGAACGGGACGAAUGGGGAUGUUGAGGUAGCCAUCGAGGCCAUGAAAGCCUCCUCCUUCCCUCAUUCGUUCAUCGGCACAAACGACCAUGGCCUCGUCAGCAUCGUCAAAACUAGCGGCAACUCCGCCUUGUCAUUGAUCUUGAGGGGCGGCAAGAAGGGCGCCAAUUUCCAUCGGGAGGCCGUCUCUGAAGCUCGAGAUGCUCUCCAGAAACACCGUCUCAGCUUUGCUCCUUCGCUCAUCAUCGAUUGCAGCCAUGGCAAUUCUCAAAAGGAUUAUCGCAACCAGGCCAAAGUGGUCAAAGAUAUAUGUCAACAGAUCCGAGCUGGAGAGAAAAGCAUCCACGGAGUGAUGAUUGAGUCGAACAUCGGAGCAGGUAGACAAGACGUACCAGCAGAGGGUCGCGAGGGGCUGAAGCAUGGCAUCUCGAUCACGGACGGCUGCAUUGAUUUCGAAUCGACGGUACAAGUCUUGAAAGAUCUGCAAAAUGCGGCGGCUGAUCGUCGUUCGAUGGGUCGACGCCAGUCGCUGUUCGAUGAGGUUUAUUUGCGAAGAACCAGUCUCUCUCAUGAUCUCCAACAAUUCGCUAUCAAUACUGCCGCGAUCCAACAAAACCCGUCCAAUCAAUAG